UAUCCUGUCCAUGGGUACAUGACUACUAUCUAAGAAACACCGUUAGGCACCAUAUGUGCUUCUCCUCGAUUCUCUCGUCACCCACCAAAGAUUCUUCGUAAUUGAGAACCCAAAAAGGCGGACACGAACUGGACCCAGUUCUAUUCUUCCUAACAAUAAACAUUCUCAGUCUGCCGUCCCAAAGGCUUAUUUCCUUUUGUUUAUUUUCAUCACCACGGCCAUAUGUCUUCUGAUUGACACCAAUCAAUUACACACAAGCCACAUCCUUCAAGAUGGCAAACGGGGAAGAGGAAGAGUAUCGUAAAGUAAGAAAGCUUUAUGAAGAAAGUGGACUGUACCAUUAUGAUUCAGUAGCAGAUUUUGCAGCUCACAAAAAGGAAUUGGCGCAUAUUGCCUCGGAAGCAUUGAAGUUGGCCGGCAUAGAGACCAGCGAGAUCCCCCCGACGCCUAAGCCUGCUCCUCCAGAGAGCGGCAAGAGAAAGAGAACCCCGGAAGCUAAGAAGAUGCUUCCUCCCGUCCCGUUGUUCUCUGAUUCUGAGACUGUGAUUGCCAAGAAGCUGCCUCCUUCUCCACCUUCGGAGCCCUCUCAUCCUGAGAUCAUGACCGUUGAGGAGAUGCCGCCCUCGCCAUCGUCUAAGUCAUCCUCUUUUGAGGCUACGACUGCCGAGAAAAUGCCACCUGCAACAUCCUCCGAAGCUUCAAGUUAUGAGGCCACGGCCAAGAAGAUGCCGCCCACAUCGGGGAUGUUCUCCGUACCCAAGGUCAACCCACCGACACCCUCCCCCAUCCCCCAUACGACAUCAUUUGGCGCGGCCCCUCAGAUUCUCCCGAUACGACCCUCUGCCGCCCAGCAAGUAGCGGCAGCUGGCCCACCCCUUGGUCCCCCAAUGAAACAAGCUCUACCAGCCGACGGAUUCCAGCUUCGCCCGGACCCACGAGACCCUGGCCCCCUCGCCCACGCCAGAAUCGCAGCGGACGUCGCUCCGCCAGAGAGCAUGGAGCGUCAUUAUAAUACACCCGCCGAUUUCCACACGCUUGCCAGGCCUUGGCAACCCAACUACCAAUACUCAUGCCCCAGUCCUGUUAUGCCUCCCACUGUCGGCUAUGGUUAUUACCAAGACCACCGCCAGCAGCAGCCGGGACCGCCGCAAUAUCCGCCAGGCCCACAAACGCGAGCUCGCCCCGAUGGUCAUCUUCCGCCAGGCUACUACCAGCAACAGGCAGCACCGCAGCACACGCAAGGUCCUCAAGGUCAUCCUUACUAUGGCCAACAGCAGCAGGGAGCGCCACAGCAUCCUCAAGGACACGGCGCUUAUCCGUAUUACCAAGGCCACCAUAACCGAGACCAUGGAUGGCAUUAACGGCCAUUCAGAACAUGCAAUGAGAGAUUACGAGUUCAUUUUGUAAGUAUUUUUUUUUCCCCCUUUGCCAUCCUUCUCUACAUCGCUCAGUGGCCAUGAUCUAAGGGUUUCUUU